UGUCAGGCGGGCGGAUGGACAAGGACGCAUGCGCACUGGUGCCGUGCGGUGGCGGUGGCGAUGGGGCUGAGCGCGGGGCCGCUCGCGCUGUGGCUGCUGCUGCAGUUCGGCUGCUCGCGGGCGCUGUACUUCCACAUCGGGGAGACCGAGAAAAAGUGCUUCAUAGAAGAGAUUCCUGACGAGACCAUGGUGAUCGGUAAUUACAGGACUCAGCUAUGGGAUAAAAAGGUAGAGGCUUUUCUCCCCUCCACGCCUGGGCUAGGGAUGCACGUGGAAGUCCGAGACCCUGACACAAAGAUUAUUUUAUCUCGACAAUAUGGGUCUGAGGGCCGAUUUACCUUCACGUCGCACACGCCAGGUGAACACCAGAUCUGCCUGCACUCCAACUCCACAAAGAUGUCCCUCUUUGCAGGUGGUAAACUGCGAGUGCAUCUCGAUAUCCAGGUGGGGGAACACGCCAACAACUAUCCUGAAAUCGCAGCCAAGGACAAGCUGACUGAGCUGCAGCUCCGUGUCCGGCAGCUCCUGGAUCAGGUGGAACAGAUUCAGAAAGAACAGAACUACCAGCGGUACAGAGAGGAACGUUUCCGCUUGACCAGUGAGAGCACCAACCAGCGAGUGCUUUGGUGGUCGAUCGCACAGACCAUUAUCCUCAUCUUGACGGGAAUCUGGCAAAUGAAACAUCUAAAGAGUUUCUUUGAGGCGAAGAAACUGGUAUAAAUCCCUGUGGCUGCUGUAAGAGAAUAUCAACACAAACCACAAUCUCAAUCACUGGCCUUUGUAUUAUACUGUGACCACAUUACAACUGGGAACUGAGAAUUCUUUAGUAAAGUGAAGGGAGGAGGUUUGUUAAUUUGUCUUGUAAUGGUCAAGCAGGGAAGAAUAUAUUGUGGCGUAUGAACAUGGGUCAGUCCAGAAAACCUUUCUCACUUGCUGGGAGAUGUGAGUAAAUAGUUACACUGUUGUUAACAGUUCAAAGACAAAAGCUGUGAUUUUCACCGUCCUUUUAAAACGAUGGCACUCAGCUUUUGUUUGCACCCUUUCAGCUGUAAAUUUUUUCUCCCCACAAAUUACACAGGGGGUAAUAAUCCCUUCAAAAAAAUAAUAAUAAUUUGGUCUCUCAAUCCACGACUGUUAGUGGGACACUGCUGUGCGCAAUUAGCUCCCGCGUUUUAAGUCCACAAAAUAUAGUCAAUUCACUUUAGAGUGUAUCCUAUGAAGCGCUUUGAGACGCCUCGAAGAUGUGAUCAGGCGCUAUAUCAAAUACAAGGAUUAUUAUUAUUAAACCCUUAAUAAUUUGACUUGUCCCAAAAAAAGUUCAUAAUGUGCAUUAUGUUAUAAAUGGGUUUGUAGGUUUUAAAAUGGGUGAAGUUUGCAAUAUUACUGGCAUGUGUUCGGGUUGUUUUUAAAUUGAAUUGGAACAAUCAAAGGUUCUUUUAUGAUUAAACAGGGAGUACCUCUACUUUUGAUUCAAGUUAAUUUCUCCACAAUUGUUGGAUUCCUGUAGUGGUUAGAGCAUUCGCCUCGCAAGUGAGAGGACCUGGGUUUGAUUCCCGAGCAAAGCGAAACCUUAGGCAAGUUUCCUUACUCCACACACACGCCUCUGUUUACCAGCAGUAAGCCGGAACCUGGUUGUUAGUUGAUGGGUGGAUCGCUUUUCCGGAGGUAAUAAAUCAUUCAAAAAUAAACAAUAAUAAUUUGGUCACUUCAAUCCACGACUGUGGGACACUGCUGUGUGCAAUUGGCUGCUGCAUUUCGUCCACAAAAUCCAGUCAUUCCACUUUACGGUAGAUUCUGUGAAGCGCUUUUGAGAUGUUUAAAUGACAUGAUAAGGCCUAUAUCAAAUGUGAGGAUUAUUAUUAUAAGUCUAAGAAAGCUGUAACGAAAUUAACCCAAACCAACCAAAAGGGACAAAUCCUUGGGAAUAUUCUCCUGAAAAAGGAGUGAAGAGACGGGGAAAAUCUUCAUCCCAAAUUUCUUGUUGAAAUAAGAGAUUAAUUUAUCCGGCACUUGACACAGCCACUUUCUGCCUUCCUUCCUGAAAAGGAUUGUGUGCUGUGCUGUAAGGUGCCAAACUGCUGAUUAGCUGUGGCUAUUUUGGGGGGAUUUAUCAUCUUUGCACUGAGUGGGAGCAAGAAAUAAAAACCUUGUAGAACAUUUUCCUCUCUUUUUCUCCCCCCCCCCCCCCCCACACAC